AUGUCGACACAUACGAAGCUCACCUCCCCGUCCUCCACCAGCCCCACGAGGCUCUGCUCCAAGACAUACAAGAAAGCUUCCCAGCUGUACCUUACACGACGUCUACCAGAAUCACUCGCAUCUCUUCAGCCAAUUAUCAAUGUACCCUUAUCACAAGAUGACCAGUACACGAAUGGUGACUCGACCGCGGCCGCGGCCGUCGCGCCGAUCGCCACCGCCCCCGGCACGUGGAGAAUCAAGGUGUGGAAUCUCUACAUUACGCUUCUCAGCGCAAUAGUGGACCUCGGAGCGGAGGAAGGGAAGAAUCAAUUUGGCCAGAAGGAGUGGAAGUCAAUUGCGACACAAGUGCGGGAAGGAGGCAUUUGGCAGACUGUCGUACAGGUCGGCUACCAGGGCCGGGAAGGCUCCGUCGACGCCGAGGUUGUGUACAACUUAGCCACACUACUCCUGAACCAGUCUGCUUCUCAAGCCCUCAACCAGCAACGACUCGAAACCUACCUAUCAUCCUACGGACAACCCAACCUUGACCUUGCAGACCGUCUCCAAGAUGCCUCCAGUGGCUCUCCACCUCAGCGUAUUUCCGCGACAAGCGGAACCGAUACCCCGAAGGACCUGGCCGCCCGUGUGAGGAUCAUCGAGCUGUUCGUCUUGCAUGUCCUUCCCCGUAACGAGGAGUGGGAGUACGCCCACGAGUUCAUCAACCUGAGCGAAGUCCUAGACGAAGAGCGUAAAGACCUGUUCCUACAAACAUUGGAAAGUCUGAAGGAGGAGAAGGAAAGAGGAGAGUUACGUGCCGCGGAGUUGCAACGCCAGAAAGACCUAGAGCUCGAUCGGCAACGAGACGACGAACGCCGGAGAGCCGAGGAAGCCGCCGCGGCCACACCUCCGAAAGCCAACGGACACAAGCGCAACACCAGCGAGGUCGACUACGGGAUUGAGAAGGGCAGCGCUCGCGGUGCUUCCAAGGGCAAGGGCUCCAAGUCCUCGGAUAAGUCACCCACCAGCAAGUCCACAACACGGACUGCUCUUUCAUCGUCUAGCUCGAAGAACUCCAAGAAGCAGGUCAAGCCUGAGCCACGGGCCAAGUCACAAGCCGUGGCCAAUACGCUUCGCAAUCUGUUCAAGCAUAUUAUCCAGAGCAUUUCCGGAAACCCACUAUCAAUAGUGCGCACCCUGCUCUUUGUUCUCGGAAUCUUGAUGGCAAUGAGCCGACAGGACGUCCGCGAACGAGUCCGCAGGAUCACGGACUCUGCGUGGCAGAAAGUGAAGGGUACCGUCGGCAUGGGUGUUAAGGUGAGCUAUAUCUGA